GUUUUACAUAUACUUCAUGAAAAAUUUCCUGAUUUAUACAUGGAAAGAUACAUUUAUUUUGAAGAAAUUAAUCAAAAUAUAUAUAAUUUAAUAUUUCAAGAAAUGGAUAUAAAUGUUGAUAAAAAAUUAGAACUCGAAAAAGAAUUUAACGAAUUCCAAAAACUUUAUCAUUCAUUUGUUAAAAGAUAG